AUUCAGUCACCAGCGGCCAUUUAUGAGCGACCGUCGACCGUAGUUAAUGCAAGCAGCCUACUGUGAUUCUUGGUGCUAAGUGGUAAUCGUGAAUGGUUUUGUACCAACUUGAAGUGGUUCCAACGAUGUGCUCGUAUUUGUGAUGAUGUUUCCUACUCAGGUCGCAUGAGCAACGGUUUGCCAAAAAAACUGUUCAAUGUCCAUUUCCAUGGACAUUUGUAUGGCUUAAAGGAUCUGUUACCGCACUUCGUGUUGCAACAUCCUGUGUAUGGGCAGUUUAGUGGAAUAUCGUACCUGAGGCAGAGAGAUUACGGCAUAGAAGUUACUCAUUUUCUCCAGUAAGUAUUUCCCUACUCAUAAUCAGAUGUCUGGUCUGUCACUGUGGAUAAAACGAUAUCCCGUUGUUCGGGGUAUGAUCACCUAUAGUUGUCUUUGGCCCACGGGAUGUUUCAUUCAGCAAAAAUUGUCGGGAAAGAAGUUGAGUGAAAUCGACUGGAACAAAUGUUGGCGCUUCUUCUUCUACGGAGGGUUCAUUGUCGCCCCGACGCUCUAUGGCUGGAUUCGAGUAGCGUCCAUUAUGUGGCCUCGGCAGGAUUUGAAAUCAGCAAUAGCUAAGGCAUUAACUGAACAGAUCAGUUAUACCCCUAUGGCCAUGACGGCGUUCUACUUUAGUAUGAGCCUGCUGGAAUCUAAAACCUUCAAAGAGUCGUGUAAUGAGGUGAAGGUAAAACUGUGGCCUACCUAUAAAGUUGCCCUGUGCAUUUGGCCUCUAAUUCAAACAUUCAAUUUCUCCGUUGUGCCGGAGAAAAAUCGAGUUCCUUUCGUCAGUAUGUGCAGCCUAUUGUGGACCAUCUUUCUGGCUUACAUGAAACAAAAAGAACAACGAGAACUCAUGGAGGUACUAGAUAAAUAACAGAGUGAUAUCUACAAAUAGUACAAAUCGAAGAAUAUAAAUAUUAAUG